CCUCACCCUCGCCUCGUCGCCCGCGCCCUCGCUCCAGCUCGCCGUCGGCGCUGCAGAGCGCGCGACCGCCACCACACCUUGCCGCCGCCUCUGCCUCGUACCACACGCCUCGCAUCCGACGCGCCUCUUGCGCCCUCGGGCCCACCUCCGUCGCGCGCAUCGCUCCUGCGCCCGGGCACGCGCAGCGGCCUGCGACGCCGAGCCGCCGCCGUCUGCGGCGCAGGCGUCUGACUCUAGUGCCUGCUCGCCGCUGGCUGUCGCUUGCAGAGUCCGCGUGCAGCCAUGCACGCGCCGCUCGCCAGCCUGGCGGCACACUGGCAUGCCUGCCAGGGCGACAUGCCGCCGCCGCUCGUGGGCUCGUCGGUCACGCUCGUCGAUGCCGGCCCGGGCUCGGGCACGUGCGGCAAGCUGUACCUCUUUGGCGGGCGUCUCGUCUCGACGCGGCGCAUGGUCUCCGACCUGUACGAGCUGGACCUCGCCUCGCUGCGCUGGACGCGCAUCAGCUCGGCGCCGGCCGCUGGCGACGAGAGCAGCGCAUCGCGCGCGCCGCAUCCGCAGCAGCGCUACUUCCACAGCUCCGACCUCUGGGCCGGGCGGCUGAUCAUCUUCGGCGGCAUGGGCUACGCGCCGGGAGCCGACACGUCGGCAGCCGAGGCGCCAUCGUCGGACUCGCUGUGCGUGCUCGACGAGGUCAUCGCCUUUGACCUCGCGACGCAGACGUGGGACCUGGCCUUUGCGGCGCCGGCCGGCAGCAGCAGCGCGCCGCGGCCUGUGCCGCGCUAUGCGCAUCUCAGCUCGACGAUGACGGCCGGCCAGCUGGUCAUCAUCGGCGGGCAGAACAUGGCGAACCAGUACGUCGAGGAGAUCAACGUCUUCGACCUCAACACGCGGCGCUGGACUGCGAGCCACGCCUUUGCGCGACAGUGCGGCUCGUACCGCUCGCUGGCAGUGGCCGGGCGCUGGCGCGUGGAGAACGAGGUGGAGCGGGAGGCAGACGCCAGCAGCACGCCGCGCACGGAGCAGCAGGACACGGGCGCCAGCGUGCUGCCGCCAAAGAGCGCCAGCAAGAUGCGCGUCGAGCUGCUGCCGAUGAGUGCCGAGCCGGCGGCCGACGACGAGCCGCUGCCGCUCUACGUGUACACCAACUACAACUUCACCGACGUGAAGCGCGAGCUGGAGCUGGUGCGCCUGCGCGGCCAGAGCGAGCUGGCCGUCGAGGACCGCAGCAGCGACAUGACGGGCGUGUCGCUGCCGCCCGGCCUGCGCUUCCCAACGGGCGCCAUUCUUGGCUCGCAUCUGCUCAUCUCCGGCACGUACCUCGCCAACACGUCGCAGACGUUCUCCGUCUGGAGCCUGCAUCUGCCGACGAUGCAGUGGUCGCGCCUUGACGUCGGCGCGCUGCUCUCCAUCGGCUCGUGGAACCGCGCAGUGCUGUGGCCCAGCCGCAACCGGCUCAUCAUCUUCGGGCAUCGCGGGCGUGACCUGGUCUCGGACUACAACCAUCGGCAGACGAACUGGGACCACGUGCUCGUGCUCGAGCUCGAGGCCUGGGGCAUCAACCAGCCGCCGAUGCGGCCGGCGAGCGCAGAGGCGAUGGAGCUCGGGCUCGAGGCGCUCAGCGCCAGCACUGUGGGCUCCUUUGCGCACUCGCUGCCGCGCGAGGGCGUCGACCAGGCGCCCGCCCUUGGGGCGAAGGGCGACUUUGAGAUUGUGUGCUCGGACGGGAUGCGCAUCGGCUGCAACCGCGCGCUGCUGACGCGGAGAUGGCCUUGGUUUGCCGAGCAGCUGAGCAAGUACAGAGAACGGGCCGCCACAGCAACGGCAGCUAUGCCGAAUGGCGCGUCAGGCCCUGCACAUUUGUCGUCGAAGGACUCGCCGCCAGACUGCCGCCUCACUCCGCGCCUGCUGCAUCUCGCCGAGCCGAGCCCCGUCGUGCUGGCGCUGCUGCAGUUCUUCUAUACGCGCAGCAUCUGCACGGCGCUGCAGCGGCAUCCCAGCGUCACUGCGUCGCUGCUGCUCUUUGCCAGCCUCUACGCGCUGCCGGAGCUCGACCGCUGGGCGCGGCAUGCGGCGCACGUGGCACUCUCGCGCGAACUCGGCCCGCCGCCGAGCAACGCGGCCUGGCCUCAGUCGGCACUUGCGCCAGCCGAGCGGCAUCGGCUGGCUGUGGUGCUGUACGAGACGGCAGCACUGUGUGGGCACGAGGCGCUGCAGAUCCGUGCGCUGCGCACCGUCAUGGCCAUCUCGAAGUGGGUGCAGCGCGGCGCGCGGCAGGUCACCGACAGUUCUGCAGGGCCGUCAACGCCCACGACGUUCUCGGCCUCGCGCGACAUGGCCAUCGCCUCGACGCGCGACAUCGCCAUGCCGCUCUCGGCCGCCACGUCCCGCUGGGAGAGCCGGCAAGACUCGGUGUCCAGCAGCCAGGCGCCGUACUCGCCGCACGCCGUCACGCCGCGGCCAGAGGCGACGCGCCGCUGGUCCGCCACGUCUGCGAGCCGCAAUGCGACGCGCGCGCAGCCGCCAGUGCUCGCACCACCCGCUGCGCCCGACGAUCGCCACAGCGAGCGCUCGAGCGGCGGCGGCACGGAGGAGGAAGACGAGCAGGACGACGCUCCCGCUCCGAUGGGCAUGGUAGCUAGCGCCAGUCGGCGCACAGACCGCAAGCCGCUGUCGAAGGCCGAACGCAUGCUCGGCGUCUCGGGCGCCGAGCUGAGUGCGGCGGGCAUAGGCGCGGGGCGCGGGGGUGCAGCUAGCAGUGGCACCCUGCGGCGGCCGCCAAAUGUGUCCUCCUCGAGCACGACCUCCAGCUCGCUGCUCUCUGUGCGCACCGUCACGUCGUCUGGCGCCGCGCUGCCGAUGCGCAAGCGCUUCUCGCUCUUUGGCAGCCGCGGCGCCUCGGACUCGAAGCUCUCGUCGCCGCAUCUGGCCGGCACGCAGGACGAGGACGCAGAGUACGAGGAGGAGGAAGGAGAGGGCGAGUAUGCGGCAUCGUCCACGCGCAGCGCACGCAGCACGUCCAACGCCAGCGGCCGCGCACCCUACGCCGACGGCCCGCCGACGCCGACGACACCCGUCACCUCGCCGCACUCGGCUGCCACCUCGCAGCACUCGCUCGUGCCGCCGACAGCCGCGACGACGCCGCGCGGCAGCAGCGGCGCCGCCGGCGAGGAGGGCAAGCGCCGCGGCUCGAAUCCGGCCUCGCGCACCAAGCGCGCCGCCGCAGCCGGCCGGGCCCGCGCCGCCACCGACGUGGGCCUGCACGCUGCCAGCGGCAUGACGGAGAGCGACGUGGCGGCCCUGCGCGGCCUGUGGUGAUGCGACGGCAGCGGCGGCGGCGGCACGAUACCAGGAAAGAUGAGGCCGUCAUUG